AUGCGGGAUCGUCAUUCGAACGUUUACGCAGGGACCAACGAAGGGCGGCUACGUUGUACGUUGGCAACUGGCGAUAUGGCUAUCUUGAAAGGGGACCCGCCAGACACGCAUGAUGAUGACGCUCGUAAACGACAUGCACAACGACAAGUAGAAGGGGAAGAGACACGUCCACCACCACCUGCAUACACUGAAACCCCUUCUGACGUACCUCCCUCAUCAUCCGCUCCUGUAGCUGUCCCCAAUAAUGCCAACCCCGCCACUCCUUUAUUAUCUGGAUCUGUGCUAGGACCUACUCUGACACCAGCGGGCGCACCCGUAAUGGUGAUGGGGACGGGGUUGGAAAAUCAACAUCCUCAUCACCACCACCAGAACUACGGUCCAACGCCUAUCGGACAGUACUACCCUCGUCCUCCUCAUAAUGGGGUUGGUGGAGCGGUGAUAGUGGCGGGAACGGGAGCAACGGGAACAGUGAGGUAUUUGCCGUAUUACGAUCCUAACAGUCCUUAUGCUGUCGAGGAGGCUAGCAGGAGGGGGAGAAGGAGAUUUGUUGGGGCUGUAAUUUGGGCGGUGGCGAUUUGGUGUGCGGUCGGUAUGAUUAGUGGGGGUGUUGCUUUUGGAGCGUCGAGGUAGUAGAUCUGCAGAAGUUAUUGACUUGGCAAUGACUUGAACAGGUAGAUGACUAGAUUCUUUUUUUUUGGCGCCACUUAAAACCGGACGCGGUUUGGUUGGACUUAUGAAGAUAUCAGAUUCCCCCAGGAGUCGG